GCGCCCCGCUCGCGUUCCCCUGGGGGCAGCCGGGCGCGGUCGCGGCCUCGGACUUCUCGCGCCGCGUCGGCGCGCGCCAGCGCGCCGGCGGCGCGGCGGCCGCCUACGAGCUCACGGACUACGGGUUCGGCUCGGACCUGCACCAGUGGGCCCACGCGCUCCUCUGGGCGGACGAGCGCAACCUGACCCUCGUCGCGGUGCCCCGGGGCGCGGUGUCGUGCGCCGACGCGAGCGGCACGGCGCGGCACUCGUUCUCGGACCGCGCGGAGGCGGCCUGCCGCGUCCUGCCGCGCCUGUCGAGCCGGGCCUGGAUCUGGGACGACCCCGCGUUCUGCACGCGCCGCGAGCUCCUCGCGCCGCUCUCGUGCUACUUUGGCGCCCUGGCGAACCCCGGCGUCGCGAGGAGCGACGACGACGACGGCGGCGACGGCGCGGGGCCGGUGCGCGCGACGCCUACCGCACCGCCGGCGUUCUCGCCGAUGCCAAUGGCGUCUUUUUCCGGCCAGAGCGACGGAGUUCACGGCCUGGAUGCGCCCGUUGCCUUCAUGUUGGAAAAUCUCCAGCCCAAGGUUGUCGACCGCGCGCGCAAGGCGGCGCGCGUGAUCUUCGGGCGCGCCGGCGCGCCGAAGGAUCUGAUAACUGUUCACAUCCGCCGGGAACGGCGCGCAAUUCAUGUUCCAGGCGCCUUCACACGACGGCUUGCCUGUGCGCCUUCACACGACGGCUUGCCUGUGGCGGUUCGGCGGUCUCCUGGCCUACCAUCCGUCCACAACUCGUAGCCAGCGCGAUCGGGUCGUCGCCGAGAAGUGAGUCUUGCACGCAGGCUGGGGAGACAAAUAUAAGGAGUCCCCGCGCACGGCCAUCGACACGUACGUCGCCGCCGUCGACCGGCUCCUCGCCGACCGGCCUCGUCAUCCGAGUCGCGAGGUCCCGAUUUUUGUCGUCACGGAGGACUACACGGCGCUCGAAGCUUUCCAACAGGCAGUCGUCCUCCGCGAAGGCUGGGUUGUCUACACUCAUCCGGCCGCCAUCUUACAGGCCUCUCGCGGCGCGGAUGCUCCGACAGGCGAAAAACGAAAGAAAAAUGAAAAGAAACACAAACAUAAACCGAAAAGACGCGACGAGCUCUCUCCGGUCGAUUUUGCGCGUCGGUCUAGCGGCGCGCUUGGCCUCGAGUCCCUCGUGUCGCUCAUCCUAGCGCUCGAGGCACGGUCCUACGUCCUCACGAUUGCGAGCAACUGGGGCCGUCUCAUAGAGGAGGCGAGGCGGGCCGCUUGGCUUCCUCGGUGCGGGCAGAAUUGUACGCGCAUGGUGGCCGUAGGAGCCCCCCCCCCAUGAGGAGGCGCGCUUCGCCUCCCUUGUUGGAGUACAUUGUGAUACUUCUAGUACGAUAAACACCUAGGUAAAUA